AUGCUUAUGCGGUACUUCGAGAUUGACGAUGCACUGGGCAUAUGGUGGCAGGCUGAGCACUGCCCGGCGGUUCAUCAGCCCAUCCGUUCGCGCCCCCGGCCAGCUACCUGGCCACGCCCUGGGCCUCUGGCACCCAGCCCUUCAGCAUCCCCUCCUCCGCGCGGCGUGCGCCCUUCGCCGCGCCUCCCCGCGCCCCGCGCCCCGCGCCCUGGCCGGGUCCCGCAGCCCCUCGGCGUGCUCUGCACUCACCGGCUGCGCUCCCGGCUCCGCCGCGCUCGUCUAGAAACUGAAAGUAGGCGCGGGGAGCUGAGCGGCUGGGGCUGGGAACCGGCUGCCGCUGCCGGGAAAUCACGUGGAUUCAAGUACCAGUCCGGCUCGGCCCCCGGGGAACAGGCGGGGGCGCACACCCGCUGCCCCGGGGCCCGCGCCUCCUGGAGCUCGGCGACUUUGCCAGCCGGACCCAGGGACAGCCCCGAGGGAUGCGGGGGGCUCGCCUCCUUGGUGAGCAAACUGAGCCUCAGAAAGGCAGUGAAGGAACUUGCCCAAGUCACACAGGGGACACAGGCAGAGAUUGAGGAAGAGAUGAAACAAAGAGGACAGGAGGGGCAGAAAGAAGGACCAACUCAGACAUGCAGAAAUCGUGUGACACAAGGAAUGGGAAGGGCAUGGAUUCUGCAGUCAAGUGCUUAUGUGGGAUUCUCAGUGCACCACUUCCAGCUGUGUGACCUUGGACAAAUGCCCUGACCUCCCCAGGCCUUAGUUCCCUCAUUUGCUACACGGGGUUUUUCCCGCUUCCCCAGGGCUCUGUGAACAUGGUGGGGGAUGGCUGAGAGUGUGAAUGUGGGCUGUGAAUGUGCAUGCUGGACAAACUGAUUAUGUCCCAAGCUCAG